AUGCAGCUCCCGGCCGUGCCGGGCGCCCUCGCCCCCUCCCUGCUCGCCGUCCCCUUGGCCUUCAGCCUCAACGCUGUGACCCUCCUGGCAGACAGCCCACUGGUGCUGAUCCUGACGGGGUUGCUGCUGCUCGCUGCCCUCUUCUUCAUUGUCUUCUUUGUCAGUGGAGGGAACCUCUUCCAGGACCCUUUUUUCUGUGUGUUUGUGGUGUUCUCCUUCACCUCCAUUGUCGACUUGAUCAUCUCUCUGGAGGAGGAUGGCUACAUUUCUGGCUUCAUGGAGAUCUAUGUCACAGAGGGUGAGCCCUACCUGCGCACGGCUCACGGCAUCGUCAUCUGUUACUGGGACGGCGUCAUCCACUACGGGCUCUACCUCGCCAUGAUCACGGCCAUCAGCCACCGAAAGAGCUACAGGAACCUGGGUCUCUUCUGGCUGGGCUCUGUGACGAUGAGCAUCGUCGUCUUCCUGCUUGGGAACUUGAUAGGGAAACACAGCUCUGACCUCAGCCCUGCCUUCCUGCUCAACUUGCCCUACAUCCUCAUCCUCAUCUGGGCUGGGACAAGGCUCUUCCAGCAGCCCAAGGCCCUGCCAUAUCUCAGUCCGGAGAAGGUUGCAGAGGAACAACACAAGCACCUGUACCAGCGGCCCCAGGACGUGGGGCUGAUCCUGCUGCUGCUCCUCACCGCCGCCUUCACCUUCUUCAGGGGGAUGGUGGUUUUGGACUGUCCUGCUGACUCGUGCUUCGAGUACAUCUACCAGCACGAGCCGUACCUGCGCGACCCCGUCGCCUACCCCAAGGUGCAGAUGCUGAUCUACAUGUUCUACGUCCUCCCCUUCUUCUGCCUCUGCAUCUAUGGGCUGGUGCUGCCUGGCUGCUCCUGGCUGCCCGACUGGAGCCUGGUGUUUGCUGGGGCUGUGGCACAGGCUCAGUUCUCCCACGUGGGCUCCUCGCUGCACCCCCGCACACCCUUCCCUUACCAGACCCCUGAAGAUGUCUGGUGGAGUUUCCUCCUCACCAAUGUCCUGUAUGCCCUGGGCCCCCAGCUCCUGGCAUUCCGCUGCCUGCGCUGCCCUGCCUUCUUCCUGCCUGCCAGUCCUGCCAGCCUCCACCUGGGCAAGAAGCACCAGUGA